GUGUCGGGCAAAAUUUGUAGGGGAAGAAGAAAAAGAGAGAUUAAUAACUAACCCCUACGAGCCUUUGGCAACACAAAAACCAACACAAGACAAAAGACACAAUAGGAAUCUGUGCGUCCAAACAGAGCAGGCAUUGGAGAGCCUCGAGGCCGGAGUCGGGGCUCUCUCCUCCAUCGCCGCCGCGGCAGCAUAUAUCUCAGCAGCUUAUUCGCAGCCUCAGCCAGAGCAGCACCUCCAGCCAGAGCCAGAGGAUGAAGGGUCUCUUCAAGUCUAAGCCCCGCACGCCGGCCGACGUGGUGCGCCAAACCCGCGAUCUCCUCAUCUAUGCGCAGCGUGGCGGUACCGAUUCCCGCGAGAGCAAGCGUGAGGAAAAGAUGGCAGAGCUGUCUAAAAACAUUAGGGAGUUGAAGUGCAUUCUGUAUGGGAACAGUGAGUCGGAGCCUGUUUCGGAAGCUUGUGCGCAAUUGACGCAGGAGUUUUUCAGGGAGGACACGCUCCGUCUUCUGAUUACGUGUCUUCCGAAACUGAACUUGGAGGCAAGGAAAGAUGCCACUCAAGUUGUUGCCAAUCUACAGAGGCAACAGGUUCACUCCAAGUUGAUUGCAUCCGAUUACUUGGAAGCAAACAUUGAUCUAAUGGAUGUUUUGAUCCAAGGGUAUGGAGACACAGACAUGGCUUUACAUUAUGGUGCAAUGCUGAGAGAGUGCAUACGCCACCAAAGUGUUGCUAGAUAUGUUUUGGAAUCUCAACACAUGAAGAAGUUCUUUGACUACAUACAGCUUCCAAAUUUCGAUAUUGCAGCAGAUGCUGCUGCAACUUUUAAGGAACUCAUGACAAGGCAUAAAUCUACAGUAGCAGAUUUUUUAUCCAAGAAUUAUGACUGGUUCUUUGCGGAGUAUAACUCAAAGCUGUUGGAAUCCACCAAUUACAUUACCAGACGACAAGCUGUCAAGCUGUUAGGAGAUAUUUUGCUGGAUCGUUCGAACUCAGCUGUAAUGACUCGAUAUGUGAGCUCAAGAGACAAUUUGAGGAUCCUUAUGAAUCUUCUCAGAGAGUCAAGCAAGAGCAUCCAGAUCGAAGCAUUUCAUGUUUUUAAGCUAUUUGCUGCUAACCAAAAUAAACCUGCUGACAUUGUGGGCAUACUUGUUGCAAAUAGAAGCAAACUUCUACGGCUGUUUGCUGAUUUUAAAAUUGAUAAAGAGGAUGAACAAUUUGAGGCAGACAAAGCUCAAGUAGUAAGAGAGAUUGCUGCCUUGGAACCAAAAGAAUGAACUUCACCUGUAUGUGGAAUAUGUGGAGUUUGUACUAUUGUGAAAUUUUAGAUCUGUCAUAGUUCUUGGCGUGACGAUGCUACCAAGAGUGUAGUUUCUAUUAUCUCAAUCACACUAUUGUAAAAGGUAGAUAAAUAAAUUGAGAAAAUGUUUUCAUUAUGUACUCUGGUGAUGCUGACGUUUUAAGUUUUAACCACGCGGCAUUGUAAUUUAUUUUAUAUUCAAGCAUCACUCUGUCAUAUAAUAUUGUACACUCGCAUGCGUGCAAAGUGCAAACUCCAUGCCACAUCUGGAUCAAAGAUUUCAAAUUUGAUAUUCAAGCAUCACU